UGUAAUUAACUUUCACUCAUGACUUCGCGUCAAAAGUCUACUGAGAUGUCAUCGGAUACUGUGAGCCUCUUCAAAGAGCUUACCCUUAAAGAUGCUGAAAAAGCACUGGCGGCUGAUCUGGAACUCCUUGUGGGUAGUAUACCGGAUACUCAUCCGUUAGAGAAAGAAAAUUUCCGCUCACAAAUGGAAUCUUUCAAAGAGCUAUUUAAAAGAUACUUGCAUGACACGUCGGGUACAUUUGAUUGGAAGGAGAUUCAACCUGUGCCAACACAAAGUAUGAAAAUGUACAAUGCUCUUCCUAUGCCAAGUGAUAAAGAAGUAAUCCGUCAACAGCUGAAUAAAUUAGUUGUGGUGAAACUGAACGGUGGUCUAGGCACUACAAUGGGUUGUACUGGACCAAAAUCGCUGAUAUCUGUUCGAAAUGAUCUUACAUUUUUGGAUUUAACUGUGCAACAAAUUGAAAGAUUAAAUAAUGAAUACGGUACAAGUAUCCCUUUGGUUUUAAUGAAUUCUUUCAAUACUCAUGCUGAAACUGAAAAAGUUUUACGCAAAUAUCAACAAGUCAAUGUUCGAAUAUCAACAUUUUUACAAAGCUCUUAUCCCCGGUUAAAUCGAGAGUCUUUACUUCCUCUGGCUAAAUGCGCUCAUAAACCAGAGGGUGGAAGUUGUGAAACAAGACGACAAACAGACAUGAAUUAUCAUCCUGAAGAAUGGUAUCCACCUGGACACGGUGAUUUCUAUCGUAGUUUUGUUGCAUGUGGUUUAGCUGAAAAAAUGAUAAAUGAUGGUAAAGAAUGGGUUUUUCUCUCCAAUAUUGAUAAUCUUGGAGCAACUGUUGAUUUGAAUAUUUUAAAUUUCUUGAUGAAUAAAGAACUACACCGUGGUGGAGAUUCUCCUGAGUUUGUAAUGGAAGUUACUGAUAAAACGCGAGCUGAUGUUAAAGGUGGUACUUUAACUAAAUAUCGUGGACAUUUGCGCCUUCUUGAAUUGGCUCAGGUACCAGAGGAUCAUGUUGAUGAUUUCGCUAGUGUUCGUACUUUUAAAAUAUUUAAUACUAACAAUCUAUGGAUUGAUUUAAGAGCUCUUCAUCGAUGUGUGAAAGAGAAGACACUUCAUAUGGAAAUCAUAGUAAAUCCAAAGACUUUGGAUUCAGGGACAAAUAUAUUACAGUUGGAAGAGGCAGCUGGGGCAGCAAUCAAGUCAUUCAAUGGUGCCUUUGGUGUAAAUGUUCCACGAAGUCGUUUCCUUCCGGUUAAAACUACUUCAGAUUUAUUGCUAGUUAUGUCUAAUUUGUAUGUCCUCGAAGGCGGAACUUUAUCAGUCUCACCGUUACGCAGUUUCCCGUCUGUGCCUUUAAUAAAACUUGGUAGUCAUUUCAAAAAAGUGAAAGAUUUUUUGACCAGAUUUGGAAGUAUACCAGAUUUACUUGAAUUGGAUCAUUUGACUGUAACAGGCGAUGUAUAUUUUGGCAAAGGAAUUGUGUUGAAGGGGACAGUUAUUAUAAUCGCCAAUUUCGGUAGUCUUAUCAGUAUACCACCAGGUUCAAUAUUAGAAAAUAAAAUUGUUUCAGGAAAUUUACGUAUUCUGGAUCACUAGUGAUGAUGAGUGAGCCCUGUCCCGUUCCGUCCCCCAACCCCCGAAUAGCACUACACCCUGUGACAACUAGUCAUAUUAUGCAUAAAUUGAUGUUUUAGUCGCCAUUAACAGUAACUUAAUUUAAUUUUUGAUAAUUUAUUCUCAAGGAUAAUAGUUAAUUUGUUAUUAAUAUUAUUAUUAUUACUACUAUUUUGUUUGCUUAAUAUUGGUUAUUUGUAAUCAUUUGUUUAUAUAUUAUUUAUCCUCCUCAUUUUGAACUUGAUAUAUAUAUUUUUUUCAUUUACUAAAUCAUGACAUUGUACUCCUUAAACCCUUCCCUUUCAUACUGAUUCAGGCAUGUAAUAAUAUACACUUUUGUAUUUCUUUCAAAAUAUAUUUGUAGUUUGUACUAUUUAUUGUCUUAGUACCCGCAUUAUUCUUUCCAAUUUCAAAAUAAACAACAGAGUUCAAUUACGAU